UUGAGAUUAUUCCAGGUAAGCAGGAGAGAAGAAAUAAUAACAAUAAUAUUAAUAGGUGAGGAAGAUGGUGAUGUGGUCUCCAUCUCAGAUUCUUAAUGCCACGUGGCAAGCACGAAGCCAAUAGGACAUCCACACUCCUAUCCUUGAAGAUAAGCCAUUUCCAAUUCUAUUGUCUUACUCUUACAUUACAUUACCUCAUAAUUUUACAUGUGUUUAGCCAUUUAGACUGAUCACACCAAAAUCAGACUCUUUUACACACCAACACACCGUAACUUGUUCUGGGCACAACUAUGGCCUCCGCUUGUGCUUCUUCUGCCAUUGCUGCCGUUGCCAUUUCCUCCCCUAGCUCCCAGAAGAGUGUGACAAGUUUGGGGGUCAGCAAAGGUAGUUUUCUUGGAGGAAGGAAACUAAGGGUGAAAAGCUUUACAGCCCCAACCAGGUCUAACUCAUCGUCGGCUACUGUGUGCGCCGCAGCUGACCCCGACAGACCCUUGUGGUUCCCCGGAAGCGUUCCCCCUCCAUGGCUCGAUGGCAGCCUUCCAGGAGACUUUGGAUUUGACCCUCUUGGUCUUUCAUCGGACCCUGAUAGUCUAAAGUGGAACCAACAAGCAGAGCUGGUUCACUGCCGAUGGGCAAUGUUGGGAGCUGCUGGUAUUUUCAUUCCAGAAUUCUUAACAAAGAUUGGUAUUCUCAACACACCAUCAUGGUACACAGCAGGAGAACAAGAGUACUUUACUGACACAACUACCCUUUUCAUUGUUGAGCUCAUCUUUAUUGGUUGGGCCGAGGGAAGACGUUGGGCCGAUAUUCUAAAGCCCGGUUGUGUCAACACUGACCCAAUCUUCCCUAACAACAAACUCACUGGAACCGAUGUGGGCUACCCUGGUGGGCUCUGGUUCGACCCACUUGGAUGGGGAAGUGGUUCCCCUGAAAAAAUCAAGGAGUUGAGAACUAAGGAGAUCAAGAAUGGAAGGUUGGCUAUGUUGGCUGUUAUGGGUGCUUGGUUCCAACACAUCUACACUGGUACUGGCCCAAUCGACAACCUCUUUGCUCACCUUGCUGAUCCUGGUCACGCCACCGUUUUCGCUGUAAGAAUAUCAUGUUUUUGUAAUAAUUCUAUUUUAAGUGGUAUUUUUCUAAAAUUUGUUAUGACACUAACUUUUGUUUUUUUUUUUUGUAGGCUUUUACACCCAAGUGAGGUUGAAGCUUGGGAAGGAUGGUAUGCUAACAACGGUGGUAUAUUUGGAUCAAAUGAUAACGAAGAGAAGAAGAAAAUGGUGUUGAGAUGGAAGAUCAUGUCAUCAUGUGUAAUGUUGUUUCACUUGUUCUAAGGGAAUAUUUAAUUGGCUCGAUAGAACUUGCAUUUUCCUCCGUACGUACGUAUAUUUUGUUCUAUAGAAUUAAUGAUCUGGCAUUGUACAAAAUGUUCCUUUGAAACUUUUUGAUUAAGAUUUCAUGAACAUAAAGUCAGCUAGUAUUCAAA